GGUCAGGUGAUUGACGAGGAAGUAAACAACUCCGAAGACAGUAGACAUCUCGACGGGGAAAGGUCCAGCUGUCCAGAUGACAUCCCUUAUCUGCACUUUACAACACCAUCAAGACGAUGUCAACUGGUGCGCCUUCUCGGCCAAGCUGUUAGCCACAUGUUCUGGGGACAAAACCCUCAGGAUAUACGACGCCCGUGAUUUCUCCGAGCUGCCUUUUUCGCCGCUGACAGGUCACGGCUACAGUGUCCACUGCUGCUGCUUCAGCAACUGUGGUCAGUUCCUCGCUUCGUGCUCCACAGAUGCGACCACGGUGAUCUGGUCAAUGGUCUCGGGUGAGAUCGAGGCUGUGCUGGAGCAUCCUGGCCGUAGCCCUGUCAGGAUCUGCGCUUUCUCUCCUGACUCUCUCCACUUGGUUUCUGGUGCAUCUGAUGGCACUUUGGCUCUUUGGGAUUUUCCCUCCAGACAGCUGCGAAGGACCGGGGCAGUGAAUGACACAACAAUGGUAGCCUGCUCCUUUAGCCCCUGCAGUCAGAUGUUUAUGACUGGCUCCACAUACGGAGACCUGCGUUUGUGGGACCUGCGCAUGAACCAGCUCCACGCAGAGAAGAACGCCCACGACCUGGGCAUCUCCUGCUGUACCUUCGCUCCGAACAUCCUCAGCGGCGGUCAAGUUGUGCAGUUUCGUGUGGCGUCUUGUGGACAGGACAGCCUGCUGAAGAUAUGGGCCAUAAACAAGUUGAGCUCUGGAGCGUAUAAGAUGAAGCUCCUGCACGCAUUAAAUGGCCAAUCAGCUCCCGUCCUUUCCUGUGCGUACUCCUCAGAUGGGCAGCUACUUGUGUCUGGCUCUGUGGACAAAACAGUCACAAUUUAUGAUGCUGAGAAUGCAGUUUUGCUUUACAGGCUGAAACAGCACGAAAGGUAAACAUUGAUUUUCACUGACGUGGUGAGGCUUUGUUUGCUGGAUUUUCACACUGAGUAUAAGCACGACUUUGUGUCACAAAGACGAUACUGAAAUUUUCUCCCAACUUGCCAGGCAGAAUUCUUUUCUGUUUAGUUCGUGAUUUGAUUCUGUAUUUCUGUAUUCUUAAAUUGAUACGUCUGAUGAAACUAGAAAUUACAGCGUACAAAAUUGGCCACAAUAUAAGAUUUUGAAUAUUUAAAAUAGCUAAAGUUAAAGCUAAUGAUAAAAUAAUUGAAGUUACUGUGAUCAUUUUUGCACUAUUGGUUUUGUCUAUAUUACUUGCUGUGGUUUUAUACAGACCUGAGCUCUUGUUUUUAAUUUCUUCUUGCAGCAAUUUGUAAAUUUCUCCAUAAACAGUGAUGUAGUUGCUGCAUGUAACGCUGAUGUAACUGAUGGAAAUGACAUAGGCACUUAGCCAUGUUGCUUUUAUAUAGGAAUAAAACCAGAAUAGCCAAGUGGUUGUUUUUACAGAGAGACCUGUUGCAGAUGAGUUGUGAUCAUGAGCACAGACUCAUUUAGCCUGAUUGCAACAUGUUGGCAAUCUGGUUGUUUUUAUGAAUUAAACUGGACUUAUUCAAAAGUGUUUGGAGUCAGUCUGCGACCUGUGCAGUCGCUUCAUGAUCAAAAGUGGUCAGGCAGAAGUUAAGGGUGUUGGACACUCAUUCUCUGGAUGACCAGAUGUUUGCCACAACUACUUGCAAACAGUCUCAGACGGUAAACAGUUGAGUGCAGUCACCAGGUAACCAACAUUUCUAGUUGCAUGGAGGUUUCAAUCUUGUUUUUAUCAUCUUGUGUGGCUGAGCGAUGAAAGAGGUCUAUACGGUUUCUCCGUGGCAGUCAGUUAUGUAGAGACAGCCAGAUUCAUAAUAAUAUUUUCAUGUAACCUUUAAAUUAUUACAAAAUCUACAUCUUUAACAGGCGUUUGGGCUCCAAGUCAUCAUUGUUGACAAGUAUUCUGACUCUAAUCUCUAUUCAGAAUAUGUGACUGUUGGCCAUCAGUAGAUAACGCACAUCAAAAACUAUUGACUUCUUUUCUUUUUUUUCUCACUAAAACAGGGUUAGGCGUAGCUAGGGUUCUGCAAGAAUAUUCUACUGGAAAUAGUAGGUACUGGAUCUAAAUCUCUUGCAGUAUGUUUUUGCCCCCUAACUGGUGCACAACCAGUAGGGGUGUAACGAUACACAAAA